AUGGCUUUGCUCAUACUUUUUGCGAUUGUUACAUGCUGCUGGUUACCUUAUCCGUGUCCUUCUGAACCCAUUCGCUUUGGAAAAUUGCGUUACGAGGAGCCCAGUCGUCCUAGCUAUCCGGGACUUGCGCCGGCAGGGCCCCAGUCUCUUUCCAACCUGGCACCGCUUCGUCGCUCGGUACAAGUCAUCAACAGCGGCCCGGAUACCUGGAACGGCGUUACAGAUUGUGACGCUCCGUGCCGGGUGAAGCAACGCACAGCCCUCACCCAGCUGUUUUGGGCUUGGAACGGUCCCACUUGGGCGCGUCGUGGUAACUGGCUCAAUGACGAGGUACCCCUGUGCCAGUGGGAGGGCGUGCUGUGCUGCCUGCCCACCCUUCUGGAUGGCUCCAUCCCAGCCGACAGCGACUGCCCCGCUGAGGAUGGGGCUCUAACCGGCCUGGUGCUGCCGUCAAACAACAUCUCGGGCGCCAUGCAGGAUGUGCCCUGGGUGUCGUUCAGCUCCUCGCUAAAGCUUAUCAUCCUGGACGAAAACGGGCUGACUGGCAGCCUUGGCGCGCUGCGGCCGUUGAGUCACCUAGCUCACGUGAGCCUGGCCAGCAACCAGCUCUCAGGCCGCAUAUCAGAGCUCGCACCCCUCGUUACAGCAUCGUACGCCGAUGCACUGUACAUUGCCGUACUCGUACGUCUGCUCACGUGCCUGCAGUACUUGGAUCUGUCCGGCAACUCGCUAGAAGGCCCCGUGCCUCCCGAGCUCUUCUUAGGGCCCAACCAGCUGCGCAGUGUACGACUGUACGGCAAUCGGCUGUCAGGACCGCUGCCAGUCUUGCCGUCCACAGCCGCCAUCGUCGAGGACCUGAGCUACCUGGACAUCUCGUCCAAUGAACUGUACGGCACGCUGCCCACGUACCUGGGCUCCCGUGCCAAGUUGUCGUACCUGGACGCGUCACACAACCGCUUGACGGGCCCCGUGGCUCCGUUGCUGUCGUACUCUCCGUCCCUCUACUUUUUAUCGCUCCGAAACAACUCCCUCAAUGGCUCGCUUCCCACCCGUGUUCUGGGCGCAUUACAGCUGCAGCACCUGGAUCUGUCGCUCAACUCCCUGAGCGGCUCCCUACCCUCGACCCUCCCCGGGCGGCACCUCGUGUCACUGGCCGUGGAGGGAAACCCCGCGUUGAGGGGGGAGCUACCCGGGGGUCUGUCCUCGCUCACCUUCCUGGACAUCAGGCACACCGGCCUGCAGGCUGCCCUCCCGGGAGCGCUGGGGCUGCCACCCUACCUGAGGCUGUCCAACAGCACCCUCACCUUCCUCGCAGGUGGUGAGGAAGACCGCUCCGGAACCAGAGGACCCUUCUGCCCCUUCACCGUACUGCCCAGCGGCCAGCCUGCGCUCGUCCCGCCGUACUAUUGGCAGUACGACGGAUGCACCUGCGUCGGCGGUUACCUCCCCGUGUACACAACCACCACAACCAAUGCCGUUGCUGCUGCCGCCGCCGCCGGCACCACACGCCGCGUCGUCAAUAUGUCCUGUACGGCACCAUCCCCCUCGCCAUCACCCCCCGACAUCCCGAAGUCCGCCUUCAACUCCUCGCCCACGUCAUCUUGGCCUUCACACUCGGAUAGCAGCAUUUCCCCCUCCUCCCCCUCCUCCCCCUCCUCCGCCUCCUCCUCCCGCUUCCCCUGGUGGGCCGCCGCGGUGGCGGCCGUGAGUUUGUUGGUGCUGGCGGUGGUGGCGGUGGUGGUGGUGGUUAGGCGAGUGGGCCCAUCCCUGGAGUCGUACCUCUACUGGGGUUCGCUGGCGGGGAAGAGAACACCGCCCGGUGGCAACCGACGGGGCCGCAGCUGCGCGGUUACAUUGGUGCUAACUGACGUGGAGGGCAGCACGGAACUGUGGGAGUGGGACACCGACCUGAUGGCGGCUGCCAUAGAGCUUCAUGACCACACACUGCGAUUCAACUUGUCGAGGUGGCAGGGGUACGAGGUGCAGACGGAGGGCGACGCUUUCCUGGUUGCCUUCCACGAACCAGCCGAUGCUCUUGGCUGGUGCAUCACUUCACAAUUGCUGCUCCUGAAUGCUGAGUGGGAUCCGGAGCUGUUUCGUCAUCAUAAGGCCUCCAUCGACACUAUCGAAUCGCUCCAGGGGGGUCCCCCCGGUCGAACCCUCCUCUCCGCUCCCGCCUUCAAUUCAAACACCUACCCCCACAACGACCAGUUCCGCACCCACAUCCUCACGAAUCAGCAGCCCCAACAGCCCCAGCAACAACAGUCGUCCCCGGGCAUGGACGCCAGCCGCCCGUCAAGUGACCCAUCCCCCGGUGUGAUUUCCCUUCGACACGCCAGUAGCGGUAGCUUUACCAGCCUACGACAGUCAGGAAUAGUCGUGGUUGGCGACCCGCCGGCGGCCCCCGCGGGCACGGCGACGAUGACGACGAGCAACGGGUACGGCAGCGACCAGCAACCAAGGCGUGUGGUCAGCGUCGGCGGCGUGCGGCCGCCGCCACUGCUACUGCCGCCGCCCCCGCCGCCGCAACUAAUGCUGAGCAGUGGCGGCGAAGCGACAACGGUAGCGGCAGCGGCAGCUGCAGCUGCAGCGGCGACGGCUGAUUUCGGUGCUGCUGACGGCGACGCGCUGCUGCUGACGGAGGGACGUGUAGGUGGGGGCGGGGGUGGGGGUGGGGGUGGAGGCUGGGGGUGGGGGUGGAAGGGUGGGGGUGGAGGGUGUGGGUGGAGGGUGUGGGUGUGGGUGGAGGGUGGAGGCUGGGAAUGGUUGGAGGUGUGGAGCCUGAUGAACGUCGACAGUCCCGGCGUUGCUGCUGCCGCAGCAGCAGCCGCAGCGGCGGCGGCGGCGGUGGCGGCAGCAGCGGCACCCCCGCCGCAGCCACAAUCGCCCUCCGUCGCGGCCGUUGCCGCCGCCGCCGCCACCUCCUCUGACAAGCCUCCCCCGGACGACUGGUCCCGCUACAUCCGGCUGGGGGUGCUGUACAGGGGAUUACGUGUACGGAUGGGGGUGGCUACAGGUAUGACGGACUGCAACAUCCGCGGCAACUCCCGUCCCGAGUAUUACGGGGAGAUUCUGAUCGACGCCAGCACCUUCAACGCCACGCAGGACAACCUCACCGCGCUCAGUAUUCGAGUGCAGAGGCUGCUGUGCUACCACCACAAGGGCCGCCACAGACCCAUGGGUCACCACCACCUGCACUCGGGCAAAGUCGCCGCCGCCUCAAGCAUGGCGCGCCUGGCCACCUCCAGGGGCGUCCGCAGCGGCCAUUCACGACAUCCCCUCGACAUGGCGACGGCUCCAGAACCAUCCAUUGAGACGACUGGGGGAGGUGCGACGACAGGGUACGACAGUGCUGGCAGCGGCGGCGGCGGUGGAGUGAGUUUCAGACUGCUGGGGACGCUGGCGGUGCUGGGCCGGCAGACGUCUCGUCCUGGGAUGGGGGCGAUUGGGGCGGCGGCGGCGCCGCCGGCCAGUGCGGGUGGUGGCGGCGGCGGCGGUAGCCUGACGGUCCCAGGUUCGAGGCCCAUCAGCGGAUUAUCUCGCUUCAUUGGACACAGGCUCCCCUCCGGCGGGGCCAGCAGUCCUCGCGGACCGCCCACACCCAACGCAGCCGCAACCGGUCCGCAACAGCAACUUCAGCAACAGAGUCAACAGCUGCCGGUACAGCCGCAACAGCAACAUAAUCAGGCGCCACAGCUCCUAAGCCGGAGAUUGCUCGGCGGCUACAGCGCCAGCGACCCAACCAUGCCGGCAGCUGCAAUGCUGGCGUCAUCAUCGCACGCGUUGCUGACGAGCGGCGGCGGCGGCGGCGGCGGUGGCGGCGGGUCAGGGGUUCGGGUCAGGGAUUCCUCGGGGCUUUGGUUCACUGCCGCCACCGGCGGCUUGGCGGAAAUGCCUAGCGGCGGCGGCGGUGGCGGCGGGUCAGGGGUUCGGGUCAGGGAUUCCUCGGGGCUUUGGUUCACUGCCGCCACCGGCGGCUUGGCGGAAAUGCCUAGCGGCGGCAGUGUCGGUGGCGGCGCUGACGGAAUCUCGUCCAAAGCCUUAAGAGGCGUCAUGGACGUCAACUGCAGUGCCGUCGCAUUACCAGGUCGCAGCAACGGGGCCGCCGGCGGCGGGGCCGUCACCGCUGCCGUCAACAGCGGAGCCGCAUGCACUGACGGCAGUGGACAACUUGGCGCCUACGGCGGCGGCGGCGGCGGGAUCGGAACCGCCAUCGGUUGCGGCGGCGGCGGCGCGGCAGGCAGCUUUUCCAUCUCCGAGCAAGAUGUGACAUUGCAACUGGGAUCUUACUUUGACCUGGCGCACAGAUGGAGCCAACCCCGGGAUCCGGCGUCAGCGCCGCUACCCUCCCUGCCGUCGGUUGGUUACCAAGCUGCCACCGCCGCCACCGCCGCCGCCGCCGCCGCGGCCGCGUCCUGCGCUGGCGGCCUCCGAUCCGCCGCCGCCGGUCAUGGCGGUGGCGACAGCAGCGCUGCCGGUGUUGGCGGCGGCGGCGGCGCCAACAGCACAUCGCUCCUGGAUGCCGCUGCCGUAGCCACCGCUGCCGCCACUCUAUCCCCAGCGCGGCGCGGCGGCCCUUCUCUAUCUGUCGGCGUGAUGGCCAUGGGCGUGUUUGAGCUUCAGGCCGGCAGCACCGUGGAAUACGUUGGGCUGACGCAGCAUGGAGAGGUGGGGGGUGGUAUUGGGCUUGGGGGGAGUGUGGGGUUGGGGUACCCCGAGAUGGUAGCCGUGAGCCGAGACUUGUCGUACGAUGUACUGUCGGUAUUCAACGACUGUGUACGACGCAGCUUAUUGGCGUGUGGCGGUUACGAGUGUCAGGAGCAGGAGGGGCAUUUCAUGGUGGCGUUUUCGGAGCCGAGUACGGCACUGGAGUGGUGUCUGAUGUUGCAGGAGCUGGUCAUGGAGAUCCCCUGGACGGCACCCAUGCUGUGUCUGCCGGGUAUGCAGGAGCAGCUGCACCCCCUCACGGGUUCGGUGCUAUUCCGGGGCCCCCGCGUGAAGGCGGGGCUGUAUGCGGGGCUGCCCACGCGGGUGGGGCCGCACCCCACCACCGGCAGAGCGGAUUAUUAUGGCACCACCGAGUGCGACGACGGCGGCGAUGGCGAGAUUGUCGUGUGUAUGGAUCAGCAGGCGGCGGCGGCGGCGGCGGCGGGCAGUCGUGGUGUCCUGGCGCACACGGACUCUGGCCGCCGCCGCCUCUUACUGGCGCCGUGGUCGCGGGCCCUCAACUCAAGUACUGCUGUACCUGCCAUACAUGCUGGUGGCGGGGACGGUACAGACGCGGGGCUGGCGGGCAUUAACACCGCCGGGUCCGCAACCCCCGAUGCGGCGGCGGCAGCGGUGGGUGAGGACACCGGCAGGAGGGGUCGCCUCCGCCGCCUGUCAACCGCCGUGUUGACCGACUCAGUGUCGCAAACCCUGCCCACCCUGCCGGAGCUGUGUAUUCGCUGCCGUACAGGCGCCUUCCGCUGGUUAUGGGCCGCGGAGCUGCACGUGGAGGAUAUAGGGAUGUUCAGGUUUAAGGGCGUCGCGGGCAGCCACCAGCUGGUGUCGGUGAGCACUGCCGCCACCCGGGAGCGGCGACCUGGUCCCCGGCUUCACACCGCCAAGGGCGAGCGAGUGGCGCCCGGAAGGGGACCUCUGUACCGGGUAGUGCUCAAGGCGGCGGGACCCUCUCUGAGCAGCCCCAUGCCUCCCAUGACCGUGACCGCCACCAACUACAUCGAGCUGUCGGAUCCCACAUUCCCCCAAACAAGCAUGCGGACCUCCUCGCCAGCAGGGCAGGCCCCCGCCCCCUUCCCCGCCCCCUUCCCCGCCCCCGUCCCCGGCGACUCAGUUAAGACCGAUGUGGCGCUGACUCAGCGACAGGAUCCUGAGGUGGAGGUGGCGGCAGGGGAGGAGAGGGGGGAGGAGGGGAGGGGGUGCAGCCGUUAUAUAGAGGCAAGUCCGUCAGUCCUUUAG